AUGGCUGACCCCUCUCUAAACGAACUUUUUGAAGAUUCAGUCCAGGUUAGUGUAAAUGACAUCACAUUGGAUCUCCAUCCUGGUGAGGUUGACCCCCCAAAUGAACCAUGCAAGAUUAUUUUGGGGAAAUUAUUUUGUCACACCAGACUUGGGAAGAAGGCAAUACAAGGCUCCCUGAAGAAUGCUUGGGCAUCCAUCUCAGGCUGGAGCUGGAAGGAACGUGACGACGGACUUCUUCAGUUCUCUUUCAGAACUAGUUUUGAUGCUGAAAAUGUCCUACUGCGAAGGCCAUGGCUGGUGUGUGGAUACUUACUGGUUCUUAUGCCAUGGCCUUCAUGGCUCACACCUGAGGAGGUCUCAUUUGACCAUACCCCAAUCUGGGUUCGUCUGAAGAGUAUUCCCCCAUUUUACUGGAACAAAACAAACCUCCAAGAGUUGGCUGGAAAAGUUUCAUCGGUUUAUGAGCUUCCCCGGUUUAUUGAAAAAAACUUUGAAAGAGGAUCCUUCGGUAUGGGCACUCUACGAUUCAGAGCCACGGUAGAUUUAUCCAAACCUCUAUUCUCGGGAUUCUUCCUAAGACGUCCAGGCAUCAAAGAUCUGUGGUUACAAUACCAAUACGAAAAGCUACCCAAAAUUUGUUACAAGUGUGGUCUCAUGACACAUGAACAUAGGUUUUGUUUUAAGAAACCAACAGUGAUAAAAGAUGAUAAAGGAAGCUUCUUUCCUAUGUUUGGGAAUUGGAUGGCUGAAGAGGCAAAGGAAAAAUCGCCUUUCCACCCCCUAUUCCUAACUGGUUCAAUGAGUGGAUAG